CUUUUGGCAGAUAUGGUCCGGAAAAAGAAUCCCCCUCUGAGAAACGUUGCUAGUGAAAGUGGGACACAGACCCUGGAAUCUGCAGGCGCUACGAGUGAGGACUCUGAAAAGCAAAACGAACCUUCAUCUGAUCCCAUGCAGGAAAACACAGAGCAGAGUGAUGCAUCAGCUGACUUAGACAGUGAGGAUCAUUGCAUGUCUGCCUCAGAGACAGCAUUUAGCAUCAAAAAAGACUUGAAAGGUUUGAUGUUCAGUGAAAAGGCUGGCUUUGAUUAUGAAGGCCACAAGAAGGGAGGAAAUGUUGCAUCCUUCCCUCUUGAUGAAGUGACAGACAAGAUUAUGACAGCUGUCUCAUCUGCAGAUGAUGAGGAAGUAUGUGGAUCCUUGACAUCUGCUUCACGAUCUGAACCAGAUGGCACUGAGGAUGAGGUUUGCAUACAGUCUACAGCCCAGUCUGACAAAAGUGAGGAGCAUCAGUUAUCACCAAAGGCUGAAGAAGUGUUAGUACAAGUUUAUGAUGGUAAAGAGGACCACAGAAGCUCAAGUCCUUCACUCUCGGCUACAGAAACACCCCAAGUGCCUUCAGAUGUGGUAGAGGGACUUGACAGAUUAAAAGCAGAGUCUUACUUGACUGACAACCCUGAUGUGGCCCCCCUAUCUCCAGAACUGCAGGACUUCAAGUGCAACAUCUGUGGUUAUGGUUAUUACGGCAAUGAUCCCACAGAUCUGAUCAAACACUUCCGCAAAUACCACCUGGGAUUACAUAACCGCACCAGGCAGGAUGCAGAGCUCGAUACAAAGAUCUUAGCACUUCAUAACAUGAUGCAGUUUAGGUACUCUAAAGACUUGCAUAAAGUCAACCGUGGUGUUCUUUCAGGGGUACUUCACGAUCUUACUGCUCAGAGGCCCAUGAUGCUAAAUGGAACAUACGAUGUACAGGUUACAUUAGGGGGGACCUUCAUUGGGAUUGGAAGAAAGACACCAGAUUGCCAAGGUAACACAAAGUACUUCCGCUGCAAGUUCUGCAACUUUACGUACAUGGGCAACUCUUCAACAGACUUGGAGCAGCACUUUUUAUCAGCACAUCCAAACAAAAUGAAAGCCAUGCUUCCAAUCUCUGAAUCAGGGAGAGACUCUGGCAAACCUUUGGAAAAGAACUCCACUAAACUUAGCCCCUUGUCAAGAACCUCUGACCCUGCAGAUGUAGGAAAGUGGCAGGACAGAACUACCAUCACGGCAGCUGAUGAGACACCUGUUGGGUAUUCUGUGCCAAUCAAGCCCAUAGACGCCUCUAGGCAAAGUGGUACUGAUGUCACCAGUUACUACUGGUGUAAGUUUUGCAGCUUUAGUUGUGAAUCACCUAACACGCUUAGACUACUCGAACAUUAUACCAAACUGCAUAGGGGUAGUCAGGCAGGCCUUAAUCCAGAUUUGAAUGAUAAACUUCCUAGGGGAUCUGUCAUUAACCAGACAGAACUUUUCAAGAAAGUAGUUGAUGAAGUUCCAGUUAAAAUGGAGCAAAGCGCAAGCAAUACUAAAAUGAAAGACUACAUUAGCAAAACAGCAGAAGACAACAUGAUCACAAAUUACAACUGUCAGUUUUGUGACUUCAGGUACUCAAAGAGCCAUGGCCCUGAAUUUAUUGUAGUUGGACCUCUUCUGCACCACUAUCAACAGCUGCACAGUAUCCAUAAGUGCACCAUCAAACACUGUCAGUUCUGUCCCAGAGGUCUUUGUAACCCUGAGAAGCACCUUGGAGAAAUCACUUAUCCAUUUGCUUGUCGAAAGAGUAAUUGUUCCCACUGUGCGCUCUUGUUGUUGCACUUGUCUCCUGGGGCAGCGGGGAGUGCUAGAGUUAAACACCAAUGCGAUCAGUGUUCGUAUGCGACUCCUGACAUUGACGAGCUGCUGCUUCAUUAUGAGAGUAUGCACACUUCUCAUACACCUGACGUUAAACCAGAGCUGAACCACCAACAAGAAGCAGAAGAAGAGCUGACAGCUAAAGAAAGCAAGGAUCACUCCUGUACUAAAUGCAGUUUUGUUACGCAGGUAGAAGAGGAGAUUUUCCGUCACUACAGGAGAGUGCACAACUGUUAUAAGUGUCGGCAGUGUUCUCACACAGCAGGCGAUACUCAGUCCUUACUAGAACACUUCAACACGGUACACUGUCAAGAUAUGGACUCUGCUACAGUCAAUGGAGGGGAUCCUCACAGCAUGGUUGUCAUCAAAGAAGAAUCUAAGUCUGAUUUAAAAUUAUACAGCUUAGUUAAUUCAGAUCAAAGAACUGCUGAAACUGAUAACCCAGUUAAAAGAGAAAAAGCGGAUGAUAAGGAAUUACUUAGGGAGAAAGGCUGGAAUGAUACCUUAGGUGAUGAGCUGCGGAUGAUCCCAUGGAUUCACAAGGACAGAGGAGUGGACAUUCUGAGAGGCAGUCCAUCUUAUGCACAGCCAGGUUUAGGACUUCUGACUACGGUACCUGUCACUCCAAAACAGCAGAAACCUCUAAGGGAUAGUCCAAGUGUAGAAGCUGCCCACCUUGUACGACCUGUUUAUAGCUUGUCUUCGGAGACCAAAGGAUACUUACAAGCUGAUGGUGGAAGUGGAGGAGAAAAGCUUGGACCAUCAACCCCGCAAUAUUCGUCAUCUACUGAGAGCAAAUCAAAGGAGGAGACCCAGUCGCUGCUACGGAGACGCAGAGGAUCAGGAGUUUUUUGUGCCAACUGCCUAACCACAAAGACCUCUCUCUGGCGAAAGAAUGCGAAUGGUGGAUAUGUAUGCAAUGCGUGUGGCCUCUACCAGAAGCUCCACUCGACACCAAGGCCUUUGAACAUCAUUAAACAAAACAAUGGUGAGCAGAUUAUAAGAAGACGCACACGAAAGCGCCUUAACCCUGAGUCGCUUCAUUCUGAGCAGCUGAGUAAGCACCAGAGGGGUAGCAGUGAGGAACGAAUGAACGGAAGCCCCCUAGAGAGACGGCAGGAAGAACACUGCAUCGAGGUUAACCAGCGAGAGCUACAGCAGCCAAACCUAAGCAAAUAUGAAGCUGCAAAUUCUCUGACAAAAAGUCUUUCUUCUCAUCAGCCUGUAUUAGUUUCCCAAACUCUGGAUAUUCACAAAAGGAUGCAGCCUUUGCACAUUCAAAUAAAAAGUCCUCAGGAAAGCAGUGGAGACCCAGGGAACUCUUCAUCAGUAUCAGAUGGAAAAGCCAGCUCGGAAAGGGGUAGUCCAAUAGAAAAAUAUAUGAGACCAGCAAAGCAUUCAAAUUACUCACCUCCUGGUAGUCCUAUAGAAAAGUACCAGUACCCUCUGUUUGGACUACCAUUGGUACAGAAUGACUUACAGAGUGAAGCCGAUUGGCUGAGGUUCUGGAGUAAGUAUAAGCUAUCUGUUCCUGGGAAUUCACCCUACAUGAGCCAUGUUACAGGCCUGCCAAAUCCUUGUCAAAACUUUGUGCCUUAUCCUGCCUUUAACCUGCCUCCCCAUUUUUCAUCUGUUGGAUCAGAUAAUGACAUUCCUUUAGAUUUGGCGAUAAAGCAUUCCAGACCUGCACCCACUGCAAAUGGUACCUCCAAGGAAAAAGGUGCAACAUCAGCAAACAUAAAGGAUGAAGGGCAGGUGAAUGUAGUAAAAAUUGAGAAGGCAGACAGAAGUACUCAAGAUGAACUUUCAACAAAGUGUGUUCAUUGUGGAAUUGUUUUUCUGGAUGAUGUAAUGUACGCUUUGCAUAUGAGUUGCCAUGGUGACAGUGGACCUUUCCAGUGCAGCAUAUGCCAGCACUUGUGUACGGACAAAUAUGAUUUCACGACUCAUAUCCAGAGAGGCUUACAUAGGAACAUUGCACAAGGUGAAAAGAACGGGAAGCCUAAAGAAUGACUUUUAGCACUUAGCACAAUUUAGAUAGAAUUGGGUUUUCUUGACAGAAAUGUCAGUGGCUUGUAAUGUCUUAUGAAUUUUCUGAAUACUUUACUACAUUGUUGUACUUCAUCAUGCCUUAUAUCACAGAAAAAAUAUUUUUAUUUCAUUCAUAAAGAAAACCAAAAAGAGAGUUUCAACCAAUUAAUCUGCAGCUCUCCUGGACAGAUAAUGUUUGUUUAUCAGUGGGUUCAUGCAAAGUUGGUUAGUAGAGAGAGUGGAUAAUUUAUUAAGCAAUUAGUUAUAAUGUUCCAAAAAUAAAACCUGCUUCAGUCUUAAGAAAGCAAAAAAAAAUAGAGUUUUAGGGCCUCCAUCUGGGUCUCUUAUGUGAGACCCAAGUGUGGGUGUGUUUAUUUCAGUAACAUUGGUUAUAAGUUUGAAUAAGUCAGUCAUAUGCUAACCAUGCUUCAAGCACCAUUUUUUAGUUUGAAAGCUGUGUAGUAUUUACAAUAGGGUAUUAACGUUAUUGUUAAUCAGAGGCUGGUAUUCUGAUAAUAAUCUCCAGACUGCAUAUAUUGCUAGAAUGUCUUUCAUACCCAUUUAAAACUGUGGCACAUUUACAAGUACAUUGUUCUGGCAGGCUCCAUAUUCACACCUACUGGUGCUGUUGCUUGAAAUAGUCACUACCUUACUUUUACAGUGUUGAGCACUGCAGUAAGUUGUUAAACAACAAGCAUGCCCCAGCAACCCUAGUUGUGCAGAAUUUGUUAGGGUAUCUUAUGUACUUAUGAUGAAGCUAUAAAUACAUUUAUGGGGAUUUUAAGUAUGUUGAAACUCCAUGGUCUCCCCCAGGCAACUGUUUAAAUAUAGUGCUUUUGAAGGACGGCAGGUAAGAACCAUUUUUUGUGAUGCCACGACUGGCUGGUAUUGUCUAAAACUGUAACAGAAGAGUAUGCCACAUAGGUAGUGUAACAUUAGCUGAUUGUGGUACUAUUGGGUUGUUCCUCUGGUAAAUAUAAAGCAUGAGAAAGGGAAAAAAAGGUACCAUUAUGGUAUCUGUAGCAGUUGCAGUUUUGUUCAGCAGAAUGGAGCACAGUCUCAUUGUGGUUCUGUUUUCCCUGUACACACUGUUGCAAGUCUUCUUUUACUGUCUUUGUCUUUUCGUAUAGAAACUUUUGGAUCCCCACAAGCUACAUACAGCUGCUACCUCCAUUAAGAUGGGAAUACACAGAUGCCACUGGUUAGAAUAUCCACAGGAUUUAAUUGAAUUCUGCAUGUCUUGAUGCGGAUUAUGUAAAGGAACAGGAUUCACUAGGAAAUUCAUGUGUGUGUGUGUGUGUGUGUGUGUGUGUG